AUGCAGGAUUAUGAUGAAGUCACAGCAUUUCUUGGUCAUUGGGGACAUUUCCAGCAAAGUGUUUUCUUCCUACUUUGUGCCAGCGUGUUGCCAAAUGGAUUUGGUGCUUUUUCCCUCAUCUUCCUGACUGACAUUCCCAGACACCACUGCCUGGUUCCCGAUAUUAACUUGACAGAAGACUGGCAUCAAGCUAUCAUUCCAAUGGAGAUGGUGAAUGGGAAGCUGGAGCUGAGCAGAUGUCGGAGAUACAGGCUGGAUGUGGUCAGAAAUCUUUCAGCUCAGGGAUAUAUUCCAGGCCAGGAUGUUAAUCUCACUAACCUGGAGCAAGAGGGGUGUGUUGAUGGGUGGAGCUAUAGCAAAGACAUCUAUAAAUCCACUAUAGUCUCUGAGUUUGACCUGGUAUGCAGUGAAGAGUGGAAGCAGCCGUUUACUUCCACAGUUUACUUCAUGGGAGUUUUAGUUGGAUCCUUUUUUUCAGGACAGCUGUCAGACAGAUUUGGAAGAAAGCCAGUUCUGUUUCUGACCAUGGCACUUCAGACUCUUUUCACUUUUGUUCAAAUCUUCUCAUCAUCUUGGACAGUGUUCUGCAUCCUCCUGUUCAUCAGCGGUUUGGGACAAAUCUCUAACUAUGUUUCUGCUUUUGUGCUCGGCACUGAAAUCUUCACUGGCAAUGUGCGGGUCCUUUUCUCAUCCAUGGGUGUUUGUCUUGCCUUUGCCUUUGGCUUUAUGAUGCUUCCUCUCUUUGCCUACUUUUUAAGGGACUGGACAUCUCUCCUGUUAGGUAUAUCUCUCCCUGGCCUUCUCUACCUUCCUCUUUGGUGGUUAAUCCCAGAGUCUCCUCGGUGGCUGCUUUCACAGGGAAGAGUGGAGGAGGCAGAGAACAUAGUGAAAUAUGCUGCCAAGAAGAACAAAGUAGAGGCUCCACAGGUCAUCUUUGAUGAUUACGAUUCACCAGCAGAAAAGACUCAGGCUAAUGAACAUUACAGUAUCUUCAGCCUGCUAAGGACUGCAAACAUCAGAAACACAUCGAUCAUUCUCUGCCUUGUGUGGUUCACUCUAAGUACUGGCUACUUUGGCUUAUCCCUAAAUACAUCUCGACUUCAUGCCGAUCCAUUUAUCAGCUGUUUCAUCUCAGCAGCCGUGGAGGUUCCAGCAUACAUUACCAGCUGGCUGGCUUUGCAAUACCUUCCACGACGACUCGCUGUCAUAAGCAUCUUGCUCCUUGGAGGAGUAUCACUGUAUUUCAUUCAACUUGUGCCUCAUGGUCUAUCAUAUCUGUCUAUUACUCUAGAGAUGGUGGGCAAAUUUGGUAUUACCACCGGUACUGCCCUGAUGUUUGUAUAUACAGCAGAGCUGUUCCCAACAGUACUCAGGAAUACUGCAACAGGAAUGUGUACUACUGCAUCCAGAGUGGGAAGCUGUAUUGCACCAUUUUUGUUAAAGCUGAGUCAGUACUUUAAAUAUCUGCCUUAUAUUACACUGGGGACUCUUGCUGUUGUGUCUGCCUUCGCUACUGUGUUCCUACCAGAGAGUUUCGGACGGCCUUUGCCUCAAACUAUUGAACAGAUGCAUAAAAGAGAAAGAAUGAAAUGUCCCUUCAUUACUAGAAAAGGACAAUCAAAACACGUGAAGAUUUUUGAAAGUCGACUAUGAUUGUUUCCAACACUGAUGACUCACGAAUAUAUUGUUUUUACUUCCUGUGUCUCACUGCUAUGUUUUGCUGUUCUUUGCAUU